AUGGCCUGGAAACGGAUGCUACCUCUGCUGCUGCUGGCCUGGCUGUCAGCCUCCGUGUGCAGCGCCAGAGACAGGACAGACCUGCUCAACGUCUGCAUGGACGCCAAACACCACAAGACAAAGCCAGGCCCCGAGGACAAGCUGCAUGGCCAGUGCACUCCCUGGAGGAAGAAUGCCUGCUGCUCUGCCAGCACCAGCCAGGAGCUGCACAAGGACACCUCCCUCCUGUACAACUUCAACUGGGACCACUGUGGCAAGAUGGAGCCCGCCUGCAAGCGCCACUUCAUCCAGGACAACUGUCUCUAUGAGUGCUCCCCCAACCUGGGGCCCUGGAUCCAGGAGGUGAACCAGAACUGGCGCAGAGAGCGUUUCCUGAACGUGCCCCUGUGCAAACAGGACUGCGAGAGCUGGUGGGAAGCCUGCCGCACCUCCUACACCUGCAAGAGUGACUGGCACAAGGGCUGGAACUGGACCUCAGGAUCUAACAAGUGUCCAGCUGGGGCCGUCUGUCGCACAUUCGAGUCCUACUUCCCCACUCCUGCAGCCCUGUGUGAGGGCCUCUGGAGUCACUCCUACCAGGUCAGCCAGUACAGCCGAGGGAGUGGCCGCUGCAUCCAGAUGUGGUUUGAGCCGGCCCAGGGCAACCCCAAUGAAGAGGUGGCGAGGUUCUAUGCCUUGGCCAUGACUUCUAGGGCCAUGCUCCAUGGGAUUGGGCCUCUCCUGCUCAGCCUGGCUCUGAUGCUGCAACUCUGGCUCUUUGACUGA